GAACUCCUCCACUUGUAGUCGUUUCUCAUUAUUGAACAUUUUGAGCUCUCGUCUCGUCUCGUCUUUCCUCCACACCAAACCAUGGCGGCUUCUUCUCUGCAAUCCCUAAACCCUACAUUCUCCCAAACCCUAGCUUCUCCCAACACCUCUCCUCCCUUCCGAUCCCCCUUUCUCAGAUUCAAUUCCUCCUUCAAUCUCAAACCCCUCUCGACUCGCUCCUCCUCCUUCAUCGCACGCUCCGCCGCCGAGCCGCAGGAGAGAAAGACCUUCCACGGCCUCUGCUACGUCGUCGGCGACAACAUCGACACGGACCAGAUCAUCCCGGCGGAGUUCCUCACCCUCGUCCCGUCGAACCCCGACGAGUACGAGAAGCUCGGCUCCUACGCGCUGAUCGGGCUCCCGGCCUCGUACAAGGACCGAUUCGUGCAGCCAGGGGAGAUGAAGACGAAGUACUCGAUCAUCAUCGGCGGGGAGAAUUUCGGGUGCGGGUCGUCUCGGGAGCACGCGCCGGUGUGUCUGGGAGCGGCGGGGGCGAAGGCGGUGGUGGCGCAGUCGUACGCGAGGAUAUUUUUCAGGAACUCGGUGGCGACGGGGGAGGUUUAUCCGCUGGAUUCGGAGGUUAGGGUUUGCGAUGAGUGUAAGACGGGGGAUGUGGCGACGGUGGAGCUGAGGGAAGGGGAUAGUGUUUUGAUUAAUCAUACGACCGGGAAAGAGUAUAAGCUGAAGCCCAUUGGUGACGCUGGGCCCGUGAUUGACGCUGGUGGGAUCUUUGCUUAUGCUAGGAAAGCUGGGAUGAUUCCUUCUGCUGCUGCUGCUUGAUUUGAUUUCUCCAACUCAGGGGUAAAUGCAUAUGUCGAUGAGAGUUGAUCUUCAAGGGUAAGUAAUUUUCUGCUUUUGUUUCCAAUAAAAAAAGAACAAUAAGAACAUGUAUGUUUCAAGAAUUUGUGAACCUAGUCUAUGCUUUUAUGGAUAUAUGUUAUGCUUUUCGGUUUAGUCUUCUAUUUCACUUUA